CUGCCGACGUACCGCAUCAAUUGAAUGCAUAAUUGCACGGCCGACUCCUGCGAAGCUUUGAAAAACAGAGAGGAAAUAUAGUACAAAAAAGAGAUAAAGAAAACAGCUGGCAUGGAGUCUACAUCUGAUGGUGCUGAGUUGACCUUUGAACCUUGUAUCCUCGGGAAGGCAAAGGUUUGGCUCCCCGUUGAUCUGAUAGAAGAUCCUUCUAUUUUCAAAUCUGUGAUGAGCCAAGAAACAUGGGACUCUGCUCUGACUGAUGAAGAGAGGGAGAGACUCAUGAAACUUCUGCCACAAUUCCCUGAAGAUGACGAGGAUGAAAAGCAAGAGACGCUCAGAUGUCUCUUCGAACGAGAGAACUUCAUGUUCGGCAAUCCUCUGACUACCUUCGAGGAGAGGUUGAGGGCGGGCUUCAUGAAUCCAGAGAUUGUAGAAAUGGAGCGAGGGUUACGUCGAGCUACUUACAAGGAUUACAAGUUAAGUGAGCAGAGAAGACUUCACAGGUUGCUCAAGGAGGUUCUUAUCUCAAGACAGGAGCUAUUAGAAGCAGCCAUAUUUACGUCUCCCUCUGCUGCUGUUCCAGUCAAAAGAAGAUUGUACAGAAAUGACAAAGCUGUAGAUGCCGUUGUCGACAAGAAAUACAGAAAGAUGCUUGCAUCAGCAAAGGAAGGGGACACAACUCCUGAUUCCUCAGAUGAUGGAGACAGUAAAUCAGAAAUCAAUGGAUUCCAUCCAAUACCAAGAGACAUCUCAGAACUAGACCAGCUCCUGGAACCAAGGUGGACUGACUUCUGGCCCUAUGACCUAGACCAGCAGGAGGAAGUCCAAACACAUUCGACCUUUGACCCCAAGCCAGUGCAGGCUGAUGGGAUAGAUACCCAAGGAAAGGCAGCUAUACCCAUCAAAACAUCCUCACCGGUGAGAUUGAGCCAACAGCAGUAUAUUAAACUGCUAGAGAACUACCAAGACCGCACUGAAGAUGAACAUCUGAGGAAACACCCUGAGCUGAAUACGAAGCACAUCACCCUGACGGGUAUCAUAUCCAGAGCCUUUCCUAUGCCACAACCACCUCAACUACCAACUCAAGCAGCAUUGCUCAUAAAAACAGAAGAUAACGACGUGAAGCAGGGUAAGAAGAGAAAAGACAGAGAGAAAGAUCGGAAGAAGAGGAAAAAGAAGAAACUUGCCAUGCUGUCACCGGUGACCCCGCCCAAACCUGCCACGCCCAUCUCCACCGGUUCCAUAGAGGGGAAUUCCCCCAUUGAUAUCCUUAGUACUCCCGAGUCUCGACAGUCCACCAGAGAUGAAUACUCUACCUCACCGGCCACUUGUUCUCCCGCUUCAGCAGGCUCAUCGUCAAGUGAUAUCAAGCCGCCUCUCCGAGUCCAUCCAUCGUUCUUCAGCCUCAUCAGGGAUAUCUUUAGUGCAGCUCCAAAUCAUCGACUCACCCUCGCUAAGCUACGUGAGAGCUUGGCAAAUUGGCAACGUUCCCCUGUCAGUAUGCUCAGCAGUUGGGCCAUCCUGCAGCCAAGUUGGGCAAAGGUGGUGGAUGGAGCUAUGAGGUUUCUCAAUGGAGAGGUCAGUGUAAGUCCAGAGGUCAUCCCAAGGGUCAGAUAUGAUGAGGAUAGACAGAUGUGGCAGUGGAGAAGUGAGCUACCUCCAGAUUCAGAGGAAGAGCUGGUGACCCUUUUUAAGCAGUGGUUAGACACACUACCAGGCAUGAGAGCGGUACCACCAAAGCCCAAAGAAGUGAGCACCAGUACCAGCACCACUACCACACCGACAACUAGUGUCGCCCAUGAUACGCCAGAUAUGGUGGAGACCAAGGUUGUGUUUCCUAGCUUUGCAGAACAGGAGAGAGAGAGAUACAGUCAACCUCAUAAGGCCUUUGUCUACAAGAUGCUGGAAUACGAGGCUAUCGUCGCUCCGGUCAAGGGUGUUUUUGCAAAGGAGACCACACCCAACAAAGCCAGGGAACACGCCCUCCUUAUUUCAGAUCGACCAUCGUAUGUCACUAUUCUUUCACUAGUGCGAGAUGCAGUAGCAAGACUCCCGAAUGGCGAGGGGACCAGAGCCACCGUUUGUGAGCUUCUGAAAGACUCGCAGUAUCUGGCGGAUUCCAGCGAUUCUCAGAUCAAUAAUGUUGUCAGCGGCGCCCUUGAUAGACUUCAUUAUGAAAAAGAUCCGUGCAUCAAGUAUGAUGUGAAUCGCAAACUCUGGAUUUACCUUCACAAAGAUCGCACCAUAGAAGAAUUUGAACGCCUUCACAUGGAGCAAGGUGCUGAAGCCAAGGCAAGGAAAUCCAUAGCUCGCCAAACAAAGCUCCUUCCUAAAAUGGCAUCCGGUCUUCGAGAUUCUCCUAUCAAUUUCCAAGCUUCUAGACCUGGGUCAGCCAUGAGUGACACCAGCAGUGAGAACCUAAGCAUUGAAGUCUGCAGCCCGAAAGCAUCUCCCGGUAGAGCAUCCAGUCCCAAGACGAGUCGCAAGAGUCCUGCUUAUGCUAAGAUCAACCCUGUCUCUGGAUUUCCUGGAGGAUUAGACUUGGGAAAAGGCGAUCAUCCAGGUUCUGGCACAGUGUCGACAAGCAGCGGGAAGCUGGUUUCUGCUCAGGCACCCGGCCAAGCUCCGUUUGUCAUCAGCCCACAGAAGAUAAACAGUCUUCAGUCCGCAUUGAAAGGACUUCAUCAGAAUACUGCUACUGGUCAGAUUGGGGGAGGGGAUAACUUGAUGCGAGCGCAGCUUCUGGCAGCAAAGGUGUCUGAAGGUACCGCACCUGCAUUUGGCUCCCAGGGAAUAGUGAUGCAUGAUGUUGGUCAAUCCGUUGGUUCCAUUGCAGAUAUCUUAAGAGGAGCCGUAGGAUCUGCAGGGGAUAUGGCACCAAGUUCUUCUGGCAGUGGGUUAAAAGAGAUGCCAAAGUUCAUGAAAAGCAUGUCAGUUCCAUGUACCCUUCCUGAUGGGAAGGUAGUGAUGAUUUCCCCAGAGUUGCUUAUGCCAAGUGCAAAAGCAACAAAGAAAAGGUCAAGAAGUGGAAGUGGAGGAAGGAAGAAAGGAAACCCGCCGCAGUCAUCUGAAGGAGCCUUAACGGGUAGUGGUGCUACAGAUCUGAGCAUGUUGAUCAACUCAAAUAUUAUCACCCAAACAUCUGUCACUGUUAGCCAGGGAACAUCUAAGGCUAGUCGGAAAAGUGUGACACCACCUACCUCAGUCACACUUGGAACAAACAAACUAGCUACUGUGAGUGAGGCUCUUGCUCAGAAACGAGCUGAAGCAGCUCUGCAGAGUGGCAGACAGCAAGGGAGAGGACAGUCUACUAUCACAUUACCCCCUGGAGCACUCAAAGGACAAACCGUUAAAAGCAUUCUGGCAAGUGUAGGAAUACCUCUCUCAGGUGCUUCAGUCACUGUAUCGAGGAUUGAUACUCCAGGUUCAUCAUCAUCUGCAAAGCAGGCCUCUGGAAAGAGCAAAGACAGCAGAAAAUCCCCAGUAUUUUCUGGUGUAAACAUCUUAAGUAGUCAACCAGCUACAAAAGGAAGACCAUCUUCUGCACCAUCUAUGAGUGGGAAGAAGUCCCCCAUUACAAGUAUGCAUCAUGCUUUAGGCCAUCAGGCGAUUGGCUUGACUACAGUUACCAAAGGAGGGCAGAUUGUGGUCCAACCAGUUGCAUUGGGGAUAGAAAGACCUGGCUCUGCAGCAUCACCUGGCAUCGGAAGACAAUCCUCUAGUCCAGCUGCACAAGGACUUACCCUCAAGGCUAUACCGGUAUCAUUAGCAAAGCAACAUAGUCUGUCUGCUGCUCAAGACUCUCGGAAGAUGCAACAUCAAAGUACCUCAGAAGUCAUCAAUGUAAGUCAAGGUGACAGCAGUGGCUCAGGCAAGAGCAAAGUAGGAAAAAGAGGUGAUGGUAAGCACAUUUCAGCAGCAACUGCAGCUGCUGCUCUUGCCCAAGCAGGCAAGAUGUCAGCAGGAACCGAGCUGAAGGAUCUUGCAUCUGUUCCUCUGUCAGUCUUGUUUCCAGGAGCCCGGCAAGGAGGCAAUCAGAAAGGUGGCCUGCCCGUACUGACCCCAUUUCUACCAGGAGGCCAUAUUCCAUUAGCAAGCUUAACAGAGGGGAAAGGAGGGGUUGUGUUCCAGAUGCCUCAUGGUUCAAAUAUCAUGUCUUUACCUGUAUCUGGAGUACCUGUCAAUCCUCAGAGGACAACAGGUAGUAGCAUAUCUUUAUCAACAACCAGUCCGUCAUCUACAGUUGCCCAGAAUGCAAGGCAACUUCCCCAGCACAGUUCUUCAGGAGCAAGAACUUCACCUGCCCUUCCUCCUAAUAUAGUGUCUGCCACUAUUCGGAGUGCCCUUGCAGCAGCUCAGUCCAGAGCUAAUCCCCAGCAGGGGCUAACAGCAGCUCAGCUAUCUCAGUGGGCUUCAUCACAAAGUGCUCCAGGAUCAUUUAAACCUGACUUACACAGUAACCAAAGUAGAACCUGUCAGGGCUCAUCAUUGAUGCCUCCUCAUAUGACAUCUACCAGCAGUGGAGUACCCUCACCUUAUAACUUCCCAUCAUCUGGGUCAAGAUCCCGUAUGACUCCUUCACCCUCAGAAUCAAAGACAUCACUAACAGCUUCAUCCAUUGCAAGCAUAAUUGCUAAUUUAAAGCAGAAUCCGAUGGCUGCUAUAUCUCUGCCAUCAGUUUCUUCUUUUGUCCCAUCGUCCAACAUGUCACGAUCGAUGUCCCAAUCUGCAGUCCAAAACCAGCCUGUGUACUCACAAGGGUUGGUGAGACCACAUUUGAAGCAACCAGCAACACCAAAGCCAAGCACCCAGCCAUCAUCGAUCCCUUCACAGCAGCAGCCAACCUCUCCUGGAGGUUCGGGGCUUUCUUUAGCCAGAUCAUUGUCCCAGCCAUCAACAGUGUUUCCUCGGAUGCCUUCCUCUGGACUUAUUAGAGAUCUUUCAAGAAUGCAAAGCCAGCCAGCCGAAUCCUCAGUAUCUUCCCAUAUGGCUCAGGUUGGAAGGAAUGUAUUUCCAACAACAGGACGGAAUGUACCUAACCCAUCUCCAUCUGCACUUUCAUCCUUGAAGUCUUCAGCAACUGGGUCCCGCACAGCAGCUCAGUCUUCUGCUAAUACUGCUACACUGAAAGCUGUAGCUAUGCAACCCACAUCAGAAAUUCCCCCUGAUGUGAGGCCUGGAACACAAAACAAGCAGCAACAAACUUCUGGAGCCAAAACUACUUCAGAUUCCCGGUCUUCAACAAGCUCAAUCACCAGCCAAGGAGUCAGAUCUACAUCUACAGGGACUACCAAACAACCUGCAGGAGUAGCGUCUGUAUCCUCCUCGAGUGCUGGAACUCCCUCAGGAUCAAAACAAGUAUCUAAAGCAGACGAUUGUAAAUCUUCAUCAUCCAAGAGUGUAGCUCAAGCAAGCACAGGGCAACCCGCAAGAUCAAGACCUUCGUCUACACCAGCAGCAGGAUCGACAACCACUGUAUCUGCAGCACCCACUCAAAGAGUCAUUCCUCCCUUUGAACCUAGGGUUACACGUGGACAAUCAAAAGGGAAAACAACAACUAAGAAAGAGGGAUCAUAAGUCAAUGACUAUACUGUAUACAUGAUCUGUAAUCCCUCUCGUCAUCGUACAGGGACCACUUGGAUCGAGUUGGCAACAGGGAAUUGGAAGCUUGUCUUGCAUUUCAAUCGUCAAGAAGUAGAAUGAUGGCCUAGCAGUACUAGGGUGACAGACAAUCUUACAGUCGUCCAAACAUUCAUCAAGGCAGAGAUAACAAGGAAGAUGAUUCAGUAAAAUUUUACCAGUUUUGUUAUUGUGCCCACUAUGUUAUGUUCACUAUUGUGUAAUGCAAUUUCAAUGGAAUUAGGCGCUAUUAUUAUCUAUUUAUUAUCAAUUAAUAAUGGAAACGAUUUUCAGCGAUAUUAGCUGUCAUGACUGAGUGGGGUAAGGCGUCUGACGAGACACACAUAACUCUGAGGUUCAAGCCCCUCGACAACACCCAUGCCCGUGAGCAAAGCAUUCAAUCAACCCUGCUCUUUUAUCCUACAUUCAAAUAAAAGGAAACGCUAUAUGCAUUCUUGAUAACUCUGUGUGCACUUAUUUGAGAAAAAAGAAAGAAAAAUAAGCUGCUCAUUUCUGUUGUCUUUUUGUAAUGGCACAAGUUUAAAUCGCGCUCAAAAGUGUGAUUUAAUCUUGUACCAUUACGACAGUGCAGGGUUGAUCUUCAUUCUGUACUUUAGACCACUCGACCACAAGCAAUUGACUGCCGAAAUGAGUUUCUUAUAGGCUUCCUGCCUCUGCUUAAUAGAAUUCUUUACCCCCACAUUACUUUACUCUUUUAUAUUCUUGGAGGAUUCUUGCCAGUUCAAAUAUUUGAGGGUAUAUUUGCUAAAGGCCUGUCACAGUAUCUCACAGUCUCUUAUCUCGGCCGUAGUCGCCCACAGCAGUGCAUGCAAGUCUGAUUUGCCCACAGAAAAAGUUUGAACAUGCUCAAAAACUAGUUACUGGUGAUGGCAUGCAACCUACCCACAAUGCUUGCAUGAACAAUGUAACAUGGCCUUAACAGAGCCUACCUGUUUAUUGGUUUUAAAACAAACAACAUUAUUUAUAUAAAUUUCUAUAAAAUCUCAUUUUUCCAUUGUAAAAGAGAAGUGUUGCUCGGCUAGCGCCAUGAGCGUCUACUGACGGUGUGCGCGCUUUACAAAUAUACACUAUUAUGAACAUAAUGUGUUUUCGUGAUUUCUACUUUUCCUAUUCCUACUAAGGCAAAACGUUUCAACCUCUUGUCGCUAUGGUGGCAAAUACAGUCAAGGGCCUGUUGCAUAAAAGCUACCAUUAUGGUAACUCUACCCUCUGAUGGUUUUCUACCAUGGUACUAUGGUCAACAAUCAAUAAAAAAUUAGGAUUUCAUGGAUGUUACCAUUAGAUGGUAAAGUUACCAUAAUAGUAAAUUCAGGGGCGGAUCAAGGAUUUUCCAAAAGGGGUGCACAUUUUCCAGAGGAAAAGUUUGAGAAGCAGAAAAAAAUUCUUCACUUUCAAAAGGGGUACACUUCUGUUUUAAUGGCAUUUUACAUUACAGAUUUCAAUUGUGCCUCUCAAAGGGGGGGGGGGGGCACAGGCCGGCUGUGCCCCCCCUGGAUCCGCCAGUGAGUAAAGUUUAUGCAACAGAUCGUAAAGAUAACUCCCACAACACAAGUGAUUUGAAGCAAUCAUAAAGUGAAUGUGUCAAAUGGUAUGCAUGUAUCUAUAAGUGAACUUAUAAUCAGAGUCCAAGUUUUCAAAUGUUAAUAUGUUAUUGUAAAUACAUUGAACAUGAUUAAAAUGUUUUCUACAAAACUGUGAA